UACAUUUUCUUAGAUAACAUGGAGAUUAGCAACAACCUGUCAACUGCAGUUUGUUUUCUCACGCCCCCUCCUAUUUCUCUCUUCGUUUCCCCCUACGUCACUUCUGAGCGCCCUGUUGUAGCGGAGUUGUCAUGGCAACGACGUUCUAUCUCCGCUCCAAACACUUCGUGGGCCAAGCACAUCUUUGACUUUGUUUGGGUUCGUCUCCCGAUACCUGCCAAACUGUAAUAAAUAUUUGAUGACUAUUCUAUGUUACUGCCUAUUAAGUUGAAUGUCAAACCCCCAGGGAGCAAAUGCUUGUAUGGUAUUGCUGAGGAAAAUGUCGAACUCGACCCACUUUAAUGAUUUCACCCUGAAAGGCUCAUCUUAGAAUGGACAAAUUCAAGGAAUGGGAUCAGGCGCCUGUAGAAGUGGCUGAAGACAGAAGUGUGGCAGUCGAGUACACAGGAUGGGACCAGAGCUGCCAACUACCCAACAGGGGCCAUGUCGAUGCCCUUUUGGAUAUCAGCGAUGAUACCUCAUCCAAAGAGCAGGAGCCAUUUGAGUUUCUCUGUCUCUCCGGAUGGGAGGAAGCUAUCCGGGGCUGGGGUAGAACUACUCCACUUGGCUGCCUGGUUCAGACCCAGAGGAGAGGAAAGAGGGUCAAGACUGGAGACACAGACCACCACUGCCACCUGUGUGUGGACCUCGUGAAGCUCUCGGACCCCCCUGACUCUGAAUCCAGUUUAACCCACUCCCCUGAGUCCUUCUGGGACUCCACCCUGGACCCAUGGGCGAAAACCUCCCCCACAAGCCUGGGAGACUUCCUGAACAGACCCUACAGUCACACCUCUAGCAUCUCUUCAGAGGAGUCCCCACCAGAGUCCUUCAGGGACCUUCAGAAAGCCACACAGCAACUGACACUCCGAGACAAGAUGAUGGAGGACAAGGGUGAGGUGUGUGAGAUCAGUGACUCACUGCUGGGCUUGGCCCCCUCGCAGGGUCACCACCACUCAGCCUCAGAGUGUCCCAUGACGCUGAUCAUCAACAGCUUCGCCGUCCUACCGCCCGUGAAGGCCUCCCAGCCCAGACACCCUAAGGUCACCAGCCAGCUCCGGAGGGGGGAGGCUGGACCGGGACGCAGCGCCUCAGACGGGGAGACCGCAGAGGCUGGGUCAGACGGUGUCACGCCUGCCUGGGAGAGCGGAGGAGGUGUGGAGAGCCAGCAGAGCCGCCACCUGUUGUCUGCAUUCAGCAUCCCUGUCCCCAAGAGAUGUGACAUGCCCCUCAGCACACUGUCAGAUCCUCUACCCCGUGCCACCUACCCCCUGGACAGACACCUCAGACAGGAUCCCCGGACCAGCAGUGCUCAUAGACUCUACUUUGGACUGAAGACUAAGAUUCUGAAGCGUGCAGAGCCACAACUGCCCAUUCUGUUUGGAACCAGGGUGCCCAUCCCAGCCUCUGCACAGAGACUACUCUGAACAGAGACUGUUACUUCGCACUCCAUACUCUCUCCCAAACCAAAAGCUCAGCCUCUGUGGGUUUGUGAUUAAAAAUAAACUUAGUGAAAUUUCUUCAUAUUUUUUGUAUGACACUGAUGACUGUAUAUAAAAAAAAAGCUGUGACUAAUUCAACUUGGUCGUAUUAAACUACAUGGAAUUUACAUGAGUUUACAGAUUUGUUAGUUCUAUGUGAUUUAUAGGCUAUACCACCUCAGCCUUCCUUAAUUAUAAACCCUCCACGCACCUGGACAUGAGUGAAUCAUUUUAAAUGGAGUGAUAAAUGUAUGUAUGCAUGUGUGAUUUCAGUCCUACAUUUUGCAUGUGCUUUUAUUGUAGUGCUCACACUUGAGCUUUUAGUUACUCAGCAACUAUGCUACCUACUCUACAAUGCUGAGGUCUGGGUCGGUUUCUUGGUUUCCUGAAUGUUAAACUGCAGACAUUCUUAUGUCAGAACUCCUCAUCAAGACAAAACAUAUGAGCCAUUGCCAAAGCAUGCUAGUGCACUCUAAUGGAAUGAGCAGUCAGUGAUUGUAGUGUUCCAACCCAUGUGAAGAUGUCAUUGGUAGCCUAUUGAAUUACAUGCUAGAAGUGAACCACACUGUGACUCUGAGGGGCUGUGACAGCAUAGGUGUGUGGGCAGAGGGAUUAGUAUCAUAUUCCAAAUGACUUACACAAUUACAAUCCUGUAUUCAAACAGACUGAGCAUAAUACAUGUACAUAGCAAACUAACUUGUACUGCCACACAACCCAGGUGAAAAAUGUGACUGACAUUUACCGAAAAAGAGCACAUUGAGGUUGUACAAUAUUGAGUAUGGUGUUGUAAAUCAAAAGUAGUGUGUGCUUUAACCAGUAACAAAAUAUUUGACUUGGCUUUAUACAGCACUGCAUUACUGUCCUUUGAUUUGAAGUGUACUGGAACUAAGCUAGUACAAACAACCAGCUACUACAUCAACUCAAACAAUCAACCCUUUAUGAAGAGUUUAUUAUGAGCGUCUGCCGAAUAGCAUCAACACAAGAGGCAACCUUGAUCGACCCAUCUACACAUUCAGGCAACUGAAAUACAACAGAUAAGGCUGCAAACAGAAAUGCAACUGAAAUAAAUGAUAUUGGCACCAAAGACUGCAUGCACUCCCUACUGAGAAAAACCAAAGCGCUGAAGUUGACAUCCCCACGUAGCACGGUUAGGAUCAAUUCCAUUUCAUUCAGGAAGUACAUUGAUAUUCCAGUUCUCUUCAAAAUGAGGAAAAUUCAGAAUUGGAAUUUGGUUUACUUUACUUUCUCAAUUGCCUGGAAUACAAAUAGAAUUGACUUCAACCCUGCCAUGUAGUCUAAUGUACAUGUUUUUAAGCAAGGCAGUUUCUCCCCUAAGCGCUAUUAUAAGUUGAAGAACGAUAAAUUAAACAGAAGUAGUGUUUUCAGUACAGCACAAUACAUUGUUAUGAAAAGUGGUUGAGUAUGAAAGUCUGUUCUAAACUGGAAUGAAACAGUCCUGUUUCGAUCACUUUAAGAUGCAGUGCAAAAACGAAGCCAUGUUGUGUAGUAUGGGGACAGUGUCAUGUAGGCUACAUUCUGCCGUUUCUGGGUACACUUCUUCACAUAUUGAUAGUGUACCACAGUAGGGCAAAUGCUGCCUUGGAAAAAAAUACUGCAUUACAUUCUUAGAACCUGGAUGUGUAACACAACACAGCUUUUUCCAAAUACAACUCAUAGUAGGCAUUCAAACAUAUUCAACAUGCAAAUUAAAGACACUCAAGUAUAUGAAGUAUUCUUCCAAUACACCCUCCACAAAUAAAUAUAAUGUAAAUGUUAAAUACAUUUUGAUCCUGAACUUCUUCCUACCUCGUAAAGCUGCUUAGAGCAUCACUGACCAACGGAAACAUAAAAUACACCAUGAAAAAUACUUGUCUUAAGGCACCAACAGAUCAAAAUCCAACAUGGACAAAUACUCUAAACUUGGAGCUCUUUUCUGAAGUUCACAUUCAAUAAAACUCUCAACAAAUGUCUGUUUCUUGAAAUUUGAAUGGGAUGCAUGUGCAAAUGAGGUAAAAUAUUGUAAUGAUACCAACAGCUAGCUUUGACUAAUACGAUAGACUUUAGAGUGUAGUUCAAGAAAAUGUUGAUAGAAAUUGUAAUAUUUCAUCAGUUUAUGUUCAGUAACGUUUAGUGGGGUUGUUAUACAGAACCUUCAGAAAGUAUUCACACCCAUUGCCUUUUCCACACCAAAAAUUGUGUUACAGCCUGAAUUUAAACUUGAUUAAAUUAAGAUUUGUUUUGUCACUGGCCUUAUCACAAUACCCCAUA